AUGGCUGCCAACAUGGCAAAUCAUACUCCUCGCUUAAUUUCAGUGCUGGUUGCAUUGGGAUUUGUUUUCCUGUGCCUGCUUCCGUCGAUGAAAACUGCGCCUAUUGCAGAAUCCCACAGGAAUCGUACAAAGUGCCGCUUCAUCAACUCAAGUCAUGAACGUACUGUCAACUGUGAAAACAGUGGGCUUCAGAAUGUUCCUGACGGCUUACCCAGGGAAGCAACAGUCCUUAACCUGUAUGGAAACAACAUUACGAUCCUCCACAAUGCCUCUUUCAAGGAUGUACCAAAUCUCGUUACUCUUAUUGCAUCUAAUAACCCACUUUCGGUUAUUGAAACCGAGACCAUGUGGUCUUUGCCAAAACUGGGAACUCUAAUAUUGAAUUUCUGCAAUCUACAGACUGUGUCACCACUGCUCUUUGUCAAAAACAUUCUCCUUACAAAGUUGUAUUUGACUGGAAAUCAAUUGAGUGAUGUUCCCUGUGAAACACUCGCAGUCUUGACAAGACUGCCGAGCAUGGAUCUAAGGCAAAACAAAAUACAAGGUCUCAACUUUGACGGGUGUUCAAGAUGGCAUAAUUUAACAAGAAUCGACCUUUUUCAAAAUCUGGUGGAAAAAAUUCACAAGAGAGAUUUCCUUGCUUUGCAAAAUGCUUCCAUCAAAUAUUUCUCACUGAUUUCAAAUAAAAUCAAGAAUUUACCCAAUCGUGUAUUUUAUCAUCUGAACUCAGUACAGAGUCUACGACUAGACGAUAAUCUUAUGACUUCAUUUGAUAUUCAACCUUUUCUAGGUAUGGGUUCCAUCGAAGAACUGUCAGUCUUCGGCUGUGAAAUUCAUCAUCUUCUUCCGCUUGGCAAUGCAUCGUAUCACUUUGACAACUAUCCAUUCAUAUCUAUUCUUGACAUGAGAUGUAAUUCGAUAGAAAAUGUACCUGCUGAUUCAUACUGGGGUUUCACAAAACUUCAAGCCCUCUUUUUGACUCACAACAAAAUUAAAACUUUUGGUAAUCAGUCCUUCUGCAAGCUCCAAUCACUUACAGAACUUGACAUUUCAUACAAUAAAAUAGCAGCCUUAACACCUCAUACAUUUGCCUGUUUGUCAAGUUUGACCAAAUUGAAUGUAUCAGAAAAUUUGAUACAAACUAUUUCGCCUAAAUCCUUUACUGGAAUGCCAUCGAUAACAUCAAUUUUCCUGUCCCAUAAUAAGAUAACAAAUUUGAACAGCUAUAAACGACUUUGGACACUAACGACUCUCCUUAUGCUUGAUUUAUCAUUUAAUGAUAUAAAGUCUAUUUUUCCACGCAGAAUGAAUGGCCUUUCGAAUCUAACGGAAUUUCGUUUAUCAUUCAAUCCAGUCUACCAAUAUAGUCCCUCUGCAUUUGAGGAUCUUCGGAGCUUGCAAAGGCUAUACCUGUCCAAUCAGAAGACUAUAUUCCUACAAGAUACCUUUCAGCAACUUCAUACAGUUCUCUUUUUGUGUAUUUCAAAUACUCGUAUCGAGAUUUCCGGAGAUUCAAUAGAGCAAUUUGUUAAUAUGACCCAUCUUCAUGAACUACGCAUGGAGAAAGCACAGCUGACCGGCAGUCACUUAUAUGAUGUGGUCAACAAUCAGUCGCUAUUUACGGGUCUCCAUGCGUUGAAGAGACUACGUCUCAAAGACAACGAUUUACACAGCCUGGAUAGUAGGGUGUUCUACAACCUUUCGAAACUUUACUAUCUCGAUAUGACCAACUCAAAUAUUCAUGUGCUGAGGCAUGGAGUGUUCCAUCCUCUGUCGUCCCUUGCCGACUUGCGUCUCAGUGGUAACAAACUGGCGGAGAUUGCAGGAGACACAUUCCAUGGUCUCUCUUACUUGUAUUUUUUUAACCUCCAAAACAACGGCCUUCGUGGUCUGGAGGUAACAACUUUUGCCCAGAAUCCUAAACUAAAGAUCCUCCUUCUUUCUGGAAAUCAAAUCAGUAUCAUUAAACCUGGAACGGUGUUGCCAUCCAAUAGCUCUCUUCGCUUGGAUGUGUCUAGAAACCCCUUCACAUGUACAUGCUCGUUAACAUGGUUUAGGCAGUGGCUCCACUCAGCCAACAUCGACUUAAAAAACGCGGACCAGACGUUGUGCUCUGGUACUUCAUUGAAGGAAUUCGCAGAUAAACCGAUCCUGUCGUUCCAUCCUGAGGAUCAUUGCGGUGUGAACAUCAUUCUCAUUGUGGUUCUCUCUUUCUCAGGUGUACUCGUCGGUGUAAUGGCUUUGCUAGUGUACAACAAACGAUUGUGGCUGAAUCAUAAAAUCUUCCUGCUCAAACUUGCUAUCGUUGGUUACACAGAAAUGGAAGAGGACUUCAACGCUGGCAACUAUCGUCAUCAUCUCAACCUCAUGUUCCAGGAAACAGAAGAGGAGUGGGUCAAUCAGGUUAUGAAACCUGCACUGGAGGAGAGGUUGCCACAUCUGCAAAACAUCAUCUACGGAGACGAGGACCUUCACCUAGGCAUGUACUACAUCAACGCACUCUACGAUGCCAUCGACAACAGCUUCAAGACAGUCUUGCUGCUAAGCAACCAGUCUGUCAAUGAUGCCUGGACAAUGACCAAGCUCCGUAUGGCUCUGGAGCACAUUAAUGACACAGGAUUAGACAAAGUCAUCUUGAUCUUUGUUGAGGACAUCGAGGAUGAGAACAUGCCGUACCUUGUCAGGUUGUUCCUGAGUAGGAACAGACCUUACAUGUUGUGGACAGAGGAUGAAGAUGGACAGGAACUAUUUUGGGUUCAGUUUGAGAAGAGCACAAGAGCGAACAGGGCUAUAAACAAUGCCAUUCCGCUGUAA